GAUUAACUGCGAGACUUGGAAUCUCCAAAAAUUUUGGCCGGUCUAAAGAGCGACAUCCGAUGGGGGGGACCGACACUCGGAGACGCACGGGUCAAGUGAAGCUUGGGUCCUACACAUGGAUGAACUGGGGGAGGAGAGAGCACAGUGAGGCUGUCAUGUAAGCCGUCUCCUCUGGGGCCACCUCUUGGUGCGCACUGCUUCCUGCCUCAGGUAGAAGCCUCAGUGUUUCUGCUGCUGAGGCGUCAGGCUGCUCGCUCUCCUCUCCUCUCCUCUCCCUCCUGCUGAGAAGGCAACAGCUCCACUCUUACAGCACUGAAAUGGAGAAGAUCUGCUCAGAGUGUUCAGAGUCCACACUUGCACAGAGCCUGUGUACACUCUGCAACAAGUGGUUGUGUUACCAGUGCACAGAUGUGCAUCAGCAUCAGCGAGCCCCUACCAAUUCCCAAUACAUAGAUCUGCACCAACAACAGAGGCCCAGUGCCACCCAGCGUCCUGACCUGCACCAGAGAGGCUCCACCUCCCUGCCUCCAACUGGACAAGGCCCGGGGUCGUAUCCUUGCUCCCUCCUCAUGUGCCACUCUCACAGACAGGAGCCCUUGGAGCUGUUUUGUGAGUCAUGUGACCUUCUGUGCUGUAGCAGCUGUCACCUGUCCUCCCACAAAAACCACAGGGUGGUGCAGAUUGGGAAGGCCCUACAGGAUCAGCAGUGGCUGUUUGAGAGCCUGAUGAUGCAGGUGGAAGAGAGGAGGUCUGCAGUGGAGAACAAUGCUAAACAGAUAGAAGACAGACUGCAUGGAGUAAAGAUUGCACACAGGAAGGCAGAGAACCAGAUUAAAAUGGCAAAGAUGAUUAUGAUGAACGAGCUUAACAAACGAGCCAACCUAUUAAUAGAGCAACUGGAGAAAAUCUCAGAAGACUUCCAGCAACGUCUGGAGGACCAGCUGCAGGGGGCAAUAGAGAUAUGUGGCCAGCUGGACCAUGUUCAGAAGUUCAUCACCUGGGCUACGACCCACCACUGCAGAGGCCCGGUGCUCUUCAGCAGGGCUCUGAUUUCACUUCAGAUGCAGCAACUGCUUGAUUCGUCACUCCACUCAGACUCUUGGAGUCCUGUCAAGAUCAAAUUCAACUGGGAUGCUAGUUACUGGACGAAGCAGAUUUCCUCUUUAGGCCAGCUGACCGUUGAAGGGGGGAACUGCACUUAUCCUCAGGGCCUGGCCUGCUCCAGUAUUCUGAGGCCUCAGCCCAUCACCUGCUUGGCUCUGCCGCCUGUCUGUCACAGAGGACGAGAUCCUGGUUGUGGGUACCAGGCCUGCUGUGAGCCCCAGAUGUGUUGCCUGCACGGCAUUCCCUCUCAGCCAGAUCUGUCCAGUCUGGACAAAAGCCAGCUGGAAGCCACACUGUAUAACUCCAGCUGUGUUCAGCCUGCCCUUAUCUCUGCCUCCUUGCACCAGGGCCAGCAGCUCCAGAGGUGCUGGGACGCUGACAGCUCUUCGCAGUGUCCUCCCGCUUCAUCACCUAUCCCAACCAUCCAGCUCAACUGCAGCCGAGGAUCUACAUCCCAGACACAAGCAACUGCCUCUCACACUCAAACAAAAUCGUAUCCCUAUCACCAACACCAGAGAGACGUUCUUCCAGACGGCCAGGCUCAGGCAAGUGCAGACCGUAGCAGGCCAGGCCAGUGUCAGGGGAAGCUGUCAACCAGCACAGCUCUGCAGCAGGAUCUCAGCCACAUAUCUGUGGACAGAGAUGUGAUGACUGAAGAGAACUGGGAGGAGAGACGCAGAGUGGAGGAGGCUCGUGGACAAACGGCGGGUGUUGAAAGCAGAGAGCUGCUGGAUGAAGAGCUGCAGCGGGGCAGGAGAGAGCAGAGUCCCGUUCAACAGCAGCAUCAGCAACUCCAUAUUCCUCCUGCAGCAGAGCUGAGAAAAGAGCAGCAGAGGAACAGACCUGCACUGGUGCUCAGAGACCACAGAGAUGGCAGGAGAUCCACAUCCCUGGAGGUGUCGGUGACAGCCCUCAUGUGUGCAUCUGAUGUGCAGAGCAGCAGGCUCAACCCGAGUUUAGUGUGCACGAGGAGGAAGAGACGCUCCCAGAGCAUCCCCGCAGAACUGGCAGCCCCAUCCACCAGCCCUUACUCUGAAAGGCCGACAGGAUGCACUCACAGCCUAGAGGCAGGAGCUGCAAAUAAGUUGGCCAGUAUGGAUCCCAGACAGAGGAGAGCUUCAGAUGGGGUGCUUUGCGCUGUCAAGGAAACUUCGUCUGAUAAGGUGCCCUCCAGAGGCCACCGGUCUCCUCUACUGUCCUACAAGACUGAGCCAGAUCAUUCUUUCACUUAUGUAAAUGAAGAGAAUGAUUAUGAGACCAAGGAGAAAUGCAGGAUGCCAAGAAACAGCCACAACAGUAAUAAAGAUGUUCAGAAGGACCCAGGAAUGCCCAGGGUUCCAGUGAUUUGCUUAGAGCGUCUCAAAAUACUUGUGUCUCAACUCCCCCCACCUGGACGACGGCAGAGUGACCCUUUACCUGCUACAGAGAGGAGUGAAACUGUUCUGCAGCAGAGAACGCCUGAAGGGAUAGCUCCACGCUCAGAGACCACGAGGACCACCCGCUCACUCACAGCACCACCAUAUGCAGAGCAUCAGAACAGUAAUCAGUCUACCACACACUCCACCACCAGUGAGUUUGACAGCCGAGGGAGAAUCAGCUCUCAUAAAGCACCCACGAUGCCGUCUGCUGACCCUAAAUAUAUGCCACAGAGUUGCUCUGCACUGGAUCUGGACUCUGACUCUGAUCCCAGGUCAGUCUCAGAAGAAGAUGUAGUUGUUUCUUGGGCUGAUCCAGACCCUCAGCUAGACUCAGAUGCAUCACCAGAUUCUGACCCAAAUGCAGAGUUUUCAUCUGAGACUGAACUUGACUGUCUGACUGAGGAGAAAUCAGUGGCUGCAGGAGAAAUGGGGCUCUGCGGUGAAAGGGGGGAAUCAGAGCCAAGUCUUGAAUAUGAGGCAGACCCAGAAUCAGAUGCAGGAGCAGGAUCAGAGGACGGCCAAGGGCUGGACGCUGAUGCAGAAUCAGGCGAUGCUGAAACGGAGUCAGACGUCCAGCCUGACUAUGAUCCCAGUUUUCAGACUGAUUCUGACGUUGUGUCCGAUCAGCCUCCAGACUCUCAGGGCUCUGUGGAGUCUGAGCUCGAUGUCGAAUCCGAAUCUGAACUGAUGACCGAUGACCCACAACCGCUUCGCUCUGACCUGGAAGAGGAGUCCCACAUUGGUCCCGGUCAGAGGCCACUUCUGAUUGCAAACCCUGUCGCUCAAAAAGGCACAGAGGAAAUGCAGCCUGACCAGGACAAUGCAGAGAUGGAGAGUGAGGACUUCUGUGCUGUGUGUUUGAUUGGAGGGGACCUGCUGUGCUGUGACCGCUGUCCUAAAGUCUUUCAUCUGUCUUGCCAUAUCCCGUCCCUGCUAAGCUUCCCCUCAGGCGACUGGGUGUGCAGCCUGUGCAGAGACGUUGUGCAGCCAGAGGUUGAGUAUGACUGUGAGAACGAGAGAACAUCUGGAGAACACACAUCGGCCCACGGACUGCCUGCAUGUGACCAGAGAAAAUGUGAGCGGCUGACUCUUCUGAUCCUGAGUAACAUCCUGAGUGCUCCUUUCCAUGAGCCUGUCAGUCCACUUGCUCGUCAUUACUACCAGAUCAUUAAGAGGCCUAUGGACCUGUCUGUGAUCAGGGCCAAGCUCAACAAGAGGAAUACCCGACAUUAUAACUCAACAGACCAGUUUGUUGCUGAUGUCUAUCUCAUGUUCCGCAACUGUGCAAAGUUCAAUUAUCCUGACUCUGAGGUGGCUCAAGCAGGCCGUAGCCUCGAGGUGUUUUUCAGCACCAAGCUGAAAGAGAUUUUCCCAGACAGAGUUUUUCCUGCGGCUGACGCCGACUCCGACAGCGAUGAGUACGAUGAGGCCUACAGGACUGCUGAGGGUGGUUUCCCCUGGCCAGAGAGGAGGGAACAGUGCCACAGGAAGAGGAAGAGGAGAAACUCUCUCAAGUCGAGGAGACAUCACUUCUAACCAGAUGUGAAUGGAGUGCAACCAUGGACACAAGUAUGCUGUAUUUGUGUGUAAUUAUACUGCUUUUAUAUAGCAGCCUGUGGGGCUGUAACAGUGUUUCCAUUCUGUAAUCUGAAAGUAGCCCGAAUUUGCAGUUUGCAAUAAUAUCACAGUGCUGCCAUCCGAUGGCUGCUGAACAUAUUGAAACAAUACUUCAAAUAUUUGAAAUGCAGGAGCAAUUAUUAUCCCUGCAGACUUAAACUGAUCAGAGGAGCAGAGAGUGUAAAUACCGAUUAAAAGAAGUUUCAGUUAUGUACUAUAUGUUACACAUUUGGAACCAAAUCUCUUUGGGGGAGGAAGACAAAUUGAGUUUGUUGGGUUGCUUCUGCAGCCUUAAAACAAGAUAUAGUUGUGAUGAUGCUGUAAUAGUUACUGUAUCAUAUUAUUUUUGGUCAUUGAUGAUUUGCUCCUAAAAUCCCAUACCUGAUGUUAUAUGCUGUAUUGUACAAAGAGGAUGCUGUAGUUGGAUGUUUGUUAAUCUCACUUUGAAUCUUUAUUAAGUGGAUUUUUUUAGUUGAACGUAGCUCUGAUUAUACACAGCACUUUGAAACUUUGGUAUUGGUAAAUACUGUAUUUACCAUAUUCGUAAACAUAUUUAUACAUGUGUAACUGUAUAGAACUUUAUUUUACUAUAUUUGUCAUUUUAAUUACUAAAUGAUUGCAGGCAAUUAUCAUAGGUUUGAUUAUUGAUAUAAUUAUGUGUCUCGGUAGCUUUUUUUUAAAAAGCAGCAGUGAAAUCUUAUUGACUUUGUCUUUUUUGACCAGAGUGCAGUGCAGAAUGUGAGCGACUGAGGGCACUACAGCAAGUGUUAGAGCUCAACAGGGCCGAUGUAUUUUCAUGAUUGUUAGAGGAUUUAAUAUCCAGAUCAAACGAUCCAAGAAAAUGUUUAUUUUACAUUCAACCAUAAAUUAAGUUUGUGUAUACAUUAUGUAACUGAUCUGUUCCACCAGUGUUUUAGCGAAAUGUUUAACAUAUCUCAGGCUUAAUAAGAGUGUAAGGUAUUGAUAUCAAUCCGUAUUAAUGACUAUAAAAACGUCCUUGCUAUUUGUAGAAGCACACUGUCAUUUUAUAAUACCUGCUGUUGUAGAGCAUUUCUUGUUUUUAAAUAUUCUUUACUUGCUUCUUGCAGCUUAAAAUAGAUUUUACUUAACAUUUAGAGUAAUUACUGCACAAAAUGAUUGUCUGUGCACUCCUUGAUCAUUGUCAAGAGUAGUGAAUAUACGGUAUACGCAAUGUUACUUUCUUUGAAAUCAAUAGAUGUAAUAAUAUUUCCUAUUGUAUGAGGGAAGACUGAUAAAGUAUAGUUACUGUCACUGUUUCAGGAGAACAAUCUGGUUCUUUUUUCUUUAAUUGUUCUUUACUGUAACAGUCAAUGAUAAAUACACAUAUAUUGCUAUCAAUAAAAUGCAACAAAAAAAAAAGUAUUAUUAUUUUACAUCUGCCAUUAAUCAUUAUAUGUUACAGGAGACUAGAUAGAAAUACAAAAUACAUUUACAUCAUUUAUCAUAAUUUACAGCACCACCAUGUAUUGUAAAUGUUUACUGUAUUGCAGCCAUUUGGAGUUUGACUUUGGGACUUUGGACUGGAUUUGGAUAGUUUUUGCAGAAGGGUGCAAGUAGAAUUAAUUUAUAUUUCCUAACAUUUUCUUUUACUUUGGGAGGUGGUGCAUCUCUAGUAGCUAAAAUAUUAUGGUAAAAUAGGACUUCUUCCUGCAGAUAAUUUCCUCUAAAUGCAUUUAAACACCGUAAGAUGUUUUAAAAUCUUUAGAUUUGGAUGUAAUUUUACAUUAUUUUGGAAGGACAUGACAGGUUUGACUGAAACAUGAGUUUUGGCUCCGUAUGAAAAUAUCUUCUACUCUAAUUUCAUUGUGUCUUCUCUGAUUAACCUCAAUGAUAAUGAUGAUGAUUGAAAUAUCCCAUGCCAAAAUCCCUCUCUGAAGUAGAGUGAUAAUAAAUCCAGUGUGUUUGUGUUGGAUUAUAUAACAUGGUUUGAAUCUCUGAGUGGUGAGGGAAGAAGUAGACGCCAUACUGGAACUUUUGUUAUUGCAAAGAGCUGCAGAAGAUGAUUUGUGAAGAUUUUGUAGCCAACUGUUCAACACAGGGAAUGAAUACCAGGCAUAAGCUCACGCAUGACAAAAAUAUAUAAAAUAUAGUAAAUAGUUGCACAUUUAAUGAAUCUAUGGCCAUGCAGCUCUUCCUGAUAAAAUUAAUUAUAUAAUUUCUAUGAAGCAAGGAUCCAUUUUAAUUCACUUCAGAAUGAAGUAAUGCCAGCAUCAUAAUGUCAAAAAUAAAAAUAAGUGCGUACAAAGUUCAGUUACAGCUACGUGAUCAGUUACAGUUUCUGUGUGACAGUGACUUGUUUACCACAUACAGCACUGAUGAAACCACAAGCUAAAUUCAUCGUGAACAAAGCAUUCACCUGAAGUUUUGUCGCUUCUGAAACCUUUGUGACUUUUUUCGAUGACAACUGAGUGUAAUCUUCUCACAGAUCGUGUAACAUCAACUGACUGUCAUACAUUGUUGAACACUUAAAGUAAAAUCUUUUUUAUUAUUUAUUUUGAA